GGUACAACACAAUCGUUGCCAAUCCGUCAUGAAGACUCCGCUAUUUCUCCUCUUGGUCGUAUUGGCUUCCCUCCUGGGAUUGGCCUUAUCCCAGGAUCGAAAUGAUACGGAGUGGAUCCAAAGUCAGAAGGAUCGUGAGUAGUUUAGGCUGCCUUUUCAGUAACCUACUGAUUGCAUAUUUGAACAGGUGAGAAGUGGUGCCGGCUAAACUUAGGACCCUACCUCGGUGGCAGAUGCCGAAAAUAAGCAUAUUGUUGUAAUUAAUAAACAAUGGGGAUUACCAAAAUCCAGUAGUGCAGCUAGCUAACUU